AGUCUGCAUUUCUAGAUCAGCCAGCCUCCUGUAAGCGAAGAAAAAUCAUUGAAAAGCGAACAGAGCUGAACUUUCUCUUCCUUCUUUGACUCUUGAAUGUUUGUAAAAUGUCGGCGUUUUCGGAUCUAUCAGCUUUUCCUGUGGAGGUCCAGCAGAUUUUAGUGCGUAAAGAAGAGGUUUCCCCUGAUCAGCAGAAGAGGGGCUUCAGUCUAAGCCAGGAUAUUAGCAAGCAUCCACACAUUAAAGAGGAACCAGAGGAAUUGGGGAGCAGUCAGGAGGGAGAGCAACUUCAAGAACAAGAGAAUGCUGAUAUCAUCAAGUUUACUUUUGUUCCUGUCCCUGUUAAGAUUGAAGAAGAUGAGGAAAAACUUCAGUCCUCACAGCUAACUGGAGAGAUAAAAAUAGAGGCUGAUGGAGAGGACUGUGGAGGACUUGAAGCAUCCAAGUACUAUGAUCCAGAAAGCAAUUUACAACCAGAGAUUGAGGUCAAGAUUGAAGACUCUUCUGAGGCUGAGACUGAUGACAGUACUGAGUGGAGGGAGACAAGCGAACAUCAGUUGGAAUUGAACUCAGUGGGAACACUCAAAAAUAAGAGAAGAAACAGAGAUAAAUCAUAUUUUUGCUCUGAAUGUGGUAAAAGAUUUAACCACGCAGGUCAUCUAAGAGAUCAUAUGAGAAUGCACACAAGAGAGAAACCCUUCAGCUGCUCAGAGUGUGGUCAAAGAUUUGUACUCAAAGUGAAUCUAAAAUUACAUAUGAGAAUUCACACAGGAGAGAGACCCUUCAGCUGCUCUGAGUGUGGCAAAAGAUUCUACCGCAAACAACAUUUUUUAAGUCAUAUGAGAAUUCACUCAGGAGGGAAACCUUUUUGCCCAUCUGAUUAUGGUAAAAGAUUUAACCAGACCAAACGCAUGUUGAUGCACACGAGAAUGAAACCCUUUCGAUGCUCUGAAUGUAGUAAAAGGUUUAGCCAUAAAAGUGAUCUGACAAAACACAGGCAAAUUCACACAGGAGAGAAACCCUUUAGCUGCUUUGAAUGUGGUCAAAGAUUUAGUCGCAAUGGCUGUCUGACCAGACAUAUGCUUUGUCACACCAGAAAAAAACUCUUCAACUCCGCUGCGUGCAGGAAUGAAUGUAGCCCUAACGAUCAAGUAAUAACAGAAAUGAAAAGUCACAUAGCAGAGAAACCCUACAUCUGCUCUGAGUGUGGAAAAAGUUUUAACCACAAAAAUGAUCUGUCUAGACAUAUGUUAGUUCACACUAGAGAGAAGCUCUUCAGCUGUUCUGAGUGUGGUAAAUCAUUUGGCCUUAAACAACAUCUGACAAGACAUAUGGGGACACAUGGAGGUGACAAACCCUUCAACUGCUCUGAGUGUGGUCAAAGAUUUACCCGACAAAGUUCUCUGACCAGACACAUGUUAGUUCACACUAGUCAGAAACCAUUUAGUUGCUCUGAAUGUGGUCAGAAAUUUACUCAACAGGGUUCUCUUACCAGACAUAUGUUAGUUCACACUAAACAGAAACCAUUUACAUGCUCUGAGUGUGGGCAGAUAUUUAGUCUUAAAACUACUUUGACCAGACAUAGGAGAACCCACACAGGAGAGAAACCCUUCAGCUGCUCUGAAUGUGGUCAGAGGUUUACCCGUCAAAGUACUUUGACCAAACAUAUGUUAAUUCACACUCAACAGAAGACAGAAACUCUUUAACUGCUCUCAGUGGGUUAAAGGACAAGUUGAAAAGUCUUAAACCAUUCUUAAAAACAUUUCUUCUGCAAUAUUUUUGAUCAAGGAUUCUUUGGCUGUACUAACUAAUUCACCAGUUGGAUAGCGGUCAGGCUUCAAAGUCUCCUCAAAACCAAACUAAGGAGAAAAUGAGGGCAGAAACAGGAGCUGACGGAGCAUAGUGUGGAGGACCAGAACCAGCUCGGAAAUCAGUUUUAAAGUAAUUUUCAAUCAGAGGCUGAGGUCAAGACAGAAGAUAUAUCUAAACCAGAGAGGAAAGACUUUGAUGUUCGGAUGGUGACCAGAGAGAACAUCAGUAAUGUUUAAACUCUGAGAUAUCAUGAAUAUUUCUUGGUGAUAUGAAAUGUGACAUGUUUGAGACACAACUCUUGAGUCUCACAGAGAGGUAGUUUGGGGGACAUCCUAAUGGAUCCAUUUAGAUUUUUCUUUUCUUUUAUGAUGGUCAUAACUCAGGAAAAAAUGCAUUGUAGCCUAGCUUUACAGGCCUUGAGACAGAUUCUGGAUCUCUUGUUGACAUGAAUCUUGGCAUGGAAAGACUGUUUUCACUCACAGCACAGGGUAGGAAACCUCUCAGAUCUGAGAGAUGUUGAAAAUAACUGAGCCUCUAUGCUUUUGUUUAAGACAAAGCCACCACAUAAUUACAGAACUGUUUAAAGUGGUCAUAUUUCCAUGAUUACAUUGAAGAACUUGAUUCAUUGAGUUGCAACUGUGAACAGGAAGAGGAAGUACAUGUGAAAAGAUGUUAAAAUUUCAUUUAAUUCAAGUGUCAUUUCUCUAGCAAGCUUGCUUGGUGUGCAACAGCUAAUGUAAACAUUGUAUUUUCUGUUGUUAAUGUCAUCAAUGGAUUUGGAGUAAAUAUAAAUACAAAGCAGUAACUGUUGUGAUUU